AUGUCAGGUUACAUCCUUCUUACGCUGCAGUUGGUAGUUGUAUCACUUCUAGUCACUUUGUGGCACGCCUUUACACCAGAUACUUGGUCAAAUCGAGUAGUUUCCUACAUAAUCAAUAGACUUUUGCUCUGGUGGUACCCAGUUUAUUCGACAGAUGGCUCAACACCCAUCCCAACUUGCCCAUACAGGUUUCCAGAUGGUGGAGGGAGUAUCAAGUUUCUGGACGGAGAGAACGUCUCACGUCAGUGGGCCGAGAAAUAUGGCCCGGUCUAUCGUAUAUGGGUUGGCCUUACACCAGAAAUUAUCUUGACCCGCGCGGAUGAGAUCAAGACGGUCUUCAAAGACUCUGGCAACCACUACAAGGCUUCAAACCUGAAUGGUGGAUGGGUGAUGGGCGAGCUAGUAGGCGAUGGUGUGGGACUCAUCAGUCAAGGACAUUGGAAACGAGUCCAUGCUGUGGUUUCCCCACCAUUUACCCAAAGGCCCACGACAUACGUCCCCUUUGUCCAGUCCCGCAUUUCCCGCCAUUUUUCUGAGCUAUACAAGCAGUAUGAAGGCGGGAGCUCACUGCGAAUCAAGCCCGCUGAGGAUCUUAAGCUUCUGCCUUUCUGGGUCAUUAGCGACCUUUUAUAUGGAAACCUGUCCCCGGAGAUGACAGAGGAACUCUUGCUCAUUACCGAUCUGCGCACUGAUGUGUUUCAAUAUGCUUUCAAGGGGGGAUUGUCACUCUUCUCUGUCAGCAAGAUAUUUUACCCCGCCAUAAGGAAAAAGCUGCACGUCUUCCACACUCGCUGGGCCGAUUUCAAUCGGAAGGCGUAUGAAUAUGCAAAAGAUCGCGACGACGCCUCUACGUGUGCCAUUGUUACCUUGUAUAUGGCUGUCGAUCAAGGUCAAAUUACAUCAACGGAGCUAAUGCACACAUUGGACGAAGCCCUGUUUGCCAACAUUGACGUGACAAUUGGGAGCUUCUCCUGGAUUCCACAAUUCCUGGCCGAGAAUGCAGGUCUCCAGAGCGAGCUGAGACAUGAGAUAUCACAAACCCGGUCCGACACAACUGCAGGUUCCUGGGUAAGAUACAUUGCUAGCAACUCAACUCUGCUGGCGAGCUGCAUCAAUGAAUCUGCAAGGUUGAAGCCAGUCACCAAUUACACAUACGCGCAAUCGAUGCCCACUGACCGUGAUGUGGGUGGAUACCGCAUUCCCCGGGGAACUUUCAUGGUAGUCGACACCAAUGCCUUGAAUAUUUGGGAUGACACGUGGGGCUCUGAUAAACUGGCGUUUCGUCCAGGCCGGUUUUUAGAGGAAUCCAGGUCCAGCUUUCGGUAUCGCUUUUGGCGUUUUGGGUUUGGGCCUCGUCAGUGUAUUGCACAGGCGUUGGCAGACACGAUUCUCAAGGUAUUGGUUGCAUACACUGUCGAGAAUUAUGAGCUGAAAUCCCCUGGGCAUUCUGCUGUGGAUGAGAAGGGCCCUCAGAAACGAGGCGAAGCUUGGUUCAAGGUUGCCGAGCAGGAGAUUAUUUUGGAGGCGCUAUAG